GUGAAAAAUUUUGGAUUCUUUUUUUUAGUUGUCAACGGAGUGUUUAUGGUUAAUAGGUGAGAAAAUAUAGAUUCUUUAGAAUAUGAAAAUAUGUCGUCCAAGGAAUCUUCAGAAGUUUGGGAGAUGGAGAUUCCUUCCUUGGAAGCCAAAGAAGUAUAUGUUGUUAUGCAAAAUAACUAUCGUAUUUCUAGAAACAUAAGAGCUCAAUGGUACUUUAAAAAUUUAAAUAAAAUUCUUGCAUUUAAAUGGAAGAGUUCUCAGGAUGAAUGUUCAGAAGAAAUUGAAAUAAUUUCAGCAAUUCCAAAACUCACAGAUAAGUUUGCUGUCGAUCCUGAAACAAAUACAUCUACUAUAAAAAUUGUUUCGGAUACCAAAAUUCAUUUCCUGUCUACUCAAUAUCGACUUACAUUUUGUUUAGAUUUAAGUAACUCAGUAUCUACUGUGGACAUUCAGCAUGAUGAUAUUUUAUAUGAAGAGGUAUUUUUAUCAUUAGAACAGAGUCUUACAAGUGUCAGUCAACCAUUUGUUGUUCCUGGUAGUAAUUACUGGUUUUCUCCUCAAAUUAAUAUUACAGUAAUUGCUCACAUUCCUAACUGCUCUACUUCAGUUCCACAGGCUCUAAUACAGGGUUGGAUUUUGACCCCAACAAAUGUGGCAACUUUGUUGGCUUACCUUCGUAGCAAAUUAGAGAAAAUGUGCAACUUAGUAGAACGAGUUUCUUCUGUUGUUUCUGAUGAGCAAAUACAAUUUAUGAUGUCUCGUGAUGCAGCUGGAGCCAUGCUGGAUAGCACCAUAGAAGGAAAUAAAAUGAUCAAAAAAGUUCUUGAUUUAUCAGCUGACAUUAGUACUUUAAAAUUAAUUAGAUAUGGUAUACUAGCUCUUCAGUUGUUACCUGAAAAUAGUAGUGCAGGAAUUGUUGUUAUAACUGAUGGCAUAUUGAAUUUUCCAACAUGCAAGAGCUUAGACUCCAUACUGACUCAACUACGUAAUAGCACUAUAUCCUGUUCUUUUAUUCAGUUAGGGAGCUCUUUUCAUCCUUUUUCAUGUUUUGGCAGAGUGCCUUAUAAAGAAUUAAUGGAAUUCUUCGCUACAGCUACUUGCGGAGCCUACUUUCCAUCUCGUAAAAAUGUAGGUGAAAGAUUAAAUUCCACUGAAAUGAAUUGUUAUCACAGAGCUUUGUUACUGUGGAAUUUUCAAAAAACAAGCACCUCCUGCUUUUUGGAAGCAUAUGAGCCCUCUACAGUUACUGGAAACUAUUGGCAUGUGGACAAUCCUCACUUCUAUACUGUAGCUCAUCAAUCAAGAGUAAAGAAAAAGCAUACUGAAGGUACAUGGAAAGUUAGCUUAGAAAAUCUUUUAUCGUGUCGUCUGAGAGAGGGCUACUCUGUUAAAAAUGUGAUGAUUGAUGAAACAAAGAACAUACAAGAAAUCCGCUUAGUCCUUCCAUGGAUGUUGAGCACAAAUAUAGAAUAUCUGAUUACAUCUGGACCUACUCCUGGCAGACAGUGGAAAAAUAACAGCUCCGACAUUCCAAGUUGCCAUUUUGAAAUUAUUGUUGAUGGAUGCUAUGAAUUUCUCCAUGAUGUGACAUGUUCUGAUAAAAAGCCAAUUCGAAGUGUGUACCGCAAAACAGUCAUCACACAGUUCUGGAGUUAUAUCAAAAAUUUAUCCAAUACUGAUCAGAUUUUGACCCAGCUUCAUUCUUUUGCUUUAAAUCCCCUCUAUUAUACAAUUCCAGAUAGCAUAAAAAACGGAGUACCAUUAUUUUAUUUUUCAACCAGUUCAGCAGUACCAAUUCUUCAAUCUACGAAUUCUGCAAACAUACAAUUUGCUUCCUUUUGGAAACCUUUGUGUUUAUUAGAUAUAAAUGUUUGGCAAAAAUGGAUGCAUGCCCAUCGAAUUGGUGUUAUUUUGCAACAUGAUACACCUCUACAAAAGAAUCUCCAUCUACCAAAUGCAAGUGGACGAUAUGCUCACGUGCAAUGCCGUCAAGCAAUUACUACUCUUAAUUCACUUUUGAGUGAAGAGAGCUCCUUUGUUCUUGUGGAAAAUCAUUCAUACAUUAAUCUUCUUUUUGAAGAUCCAGAUAAGCCUCCAGUGUCAUUUUAUGUUAUUAGAGUGACAAGUAAACCUCCAUGUGUUGUUAUAAGGCUUGCAUUUUUAGGUGGUCUACCAGGAUCUCAAAGAUACAAGAUUGUGAAUGAUUUGCAAGAAAAGAUCUUGAAUCUAAAGCUUGCAAAACGUUCUGCUGGAAAAAAUUAUUCUCAGUCAUUGGGUCAACAAUCUUCUUCAUCUGAACAAUGCUGCUGUUAUAUAUUAAAGAAGCCAGUAGAAAAGAUUUUGAUCAGGUAUGAAAAACUUCCUACGAAUUUUCUAAUAUCGCUUCCCGAUAGCCAAGGAAAUACAAGAAACAUUUCAUUUCACCAAAAACAGUUAGAUUCAUAUUUUUAUGCUGAUGCCUUAGCUACACUGAGCAAGUAUCUGUUACAACAGAGGUGGAUUUGGACCUUACAGUAUGAAUCAUGUGCAUCUCUGGACUUGAAAUCUGCUUCUAAAAUUUUAUAUACUUUAACAAGAAUUCGUCUACAGGAAGGCUUUCACUUUUCACAUUCAAAUUUUGGGAUUGUAUAUUUAGUUCAAGAAAUACCUAUGGAAGUACCUAAAGAAACAACAUCAGCUUCUGAUGGUUCAAUAGAAAUGCAAUCUAACUGCUGUGUGGUUCAAUAUGUGAUAUUUCCACCUCAUACCAACACAACUGUCAAAGACAGUAUAUCCGAAGAAGAUGAAACAGAAUUAACUGAAGCUGAUGGUGAAUUGCAACUUAUAGCUGAAUGUUGGAUUGAGCCUCAGUAUGGAACUACAGUCAUGCCUUCAGAGCUAGAAUAUUUAAAUGGGUUAAAAUAUGAGCAACUUGCAGCAGCUAUUCAUCAAAAAGACAUGGAAAUUUUAAAAGUACUAACUACUUUUGAACAUUUAUGCUCUGUAUGCCAAAAAAGUCAAAAAUUGAUCAAUGAAUCUGCUCCUGUUAAGCCUACAUCAAUUCAGGGUAGCCGAAUCCAGUGUAAUCUAUCAGCACAGCCUUUGCCAAACAUAGCAGUUUUUCCAAAGAACGAACAGAUUGAUCAGACAAAUACUGUAAUUGUUCCUUAUGCUUUCAGUCUGAUGAGUUUGUUACCAAGAUGCCCACAGACUCAACUAAGCUUUUCUACUUUACAUGAAGCCGAAGUCAGCAAUAAUGAAGGGGAAACAAGUGGAAAUGUUCUGUUUUUUGAUUUUCUGAUAGAAAAUUUAAAAUGUUUUCACGAUCAAGAAAUUAUUUUAACAUUGGAAGAUUGUGCAAUUUAUUUGCAUGAAAUUCUACACAGAAAGAGCAAAACUAUUUCAGAUUCAUCCAUUAUUUUUCCACAUCCAGAAUAUACAAUAUCAGAGCAGUCUUUACAACAGAAUUCCUUGAUCAAUCCCUCUGAUUGUGAACAUUGUUUGACUGCAGGCAUCAAAUCUUUAGACCUGAAUAAGCAAUCUUUACCUGAUAAUUUGAAAGACUGUAUUCCAAGAUGGAGAUGUUUUGUCAAGGGAUGUUCUUCUUCUCAUAUUAUAAUAACAUUAGUGCCUGCAACAUAUGGGGAUCUUAAAAAAUUGUAUUUCCCAAAUAUUUCAAAUCACAGUGCUUCAGAGAAGGAAUUACCAGGAAAUUUAGAUAGACCUAAUAUCCCGAAUGUAGAAAAUUCAAAAAUUUCUGAAUUGUCAGAUUGUGAAAAUCUUAAUUGUGAAGAUGAGCAAGUGCCAGAAGGAAAUUCUGAGAUAAAUACUCUAAUUCUUCCUAUUUUUGUGUAUAAUUGCGUUUCUUCAGCGAUUGUUAACCAACUUGUUCAACUGCAUGACAAGAUUAAGAUUAUUGAUAGAUAUGAAAAUCAUGCUUUUGAAUGUGAAUGCCAUCCUAAUGCUAAUAUGUCAGGACAUGCAACAGGCUCCCAUGAGGAAGCUGCAGUUAAAAAGACUGUUGAUAUGUUCCUUUUAAAAGAACAUUGUUCGCUUAUUGAUAAAGCUUUCUCAAAAGCAUUUGUUUAUGGAGUUUACAGGUCAUUAAUGAAUGAUUUCAGUAUUCAGAAGUGUGAUGCUAUUGCUGCUAUCGAUAAUAUUUGUGAAGAAUCUCUUUUAGAAAUUGAUAUUACUGAAUUUAUUUUCAUGAUAUGUGGUCAUGUGAAGGAUUUUUUUACAAAACAAUCAGUUAAACAGAUGCACUUAUCACAAGAAAGUAAUGAAGAAAAUAUAAUAUCUGAAGAAAAUGCACUAGAUAAAAUUUCAGAAAAUGAGAGACCUUCUGGCAAAUCUUUCUUUCCCAUGUCGAUAUUAGAAAAGUAUCAACCAUGUGAAGAAUUGCAUCAAAAACACUUGAGUGUGAAAGAAAAAUUUUCAGAGAUUAUCAGAAGUUUUUUUAAAGUCAUUCCAACAAGAUCUGAUUACUUCUUUUUCUGUCCUGUAGAAGAAGAUGUGAUUGAGGAAUCAUCAAUAAUGAAUGAUGCAGAUGACAGUCAAGAAGAAGAUGCUUUAUCUGAGAGUGUAGUUGUAUUUGAAGGAGAAAAUGCAGAUGGAGAGCUUGAUAAAGGUAGCAAUGUUAUUGAAGAGGAUGAGGGCUCAAAAAGUUGCUUUAAUACAAAUUCAUCUGUUUCUUCAAUUGGCAAAGAUACUGAACCUAGUUCUCUACAAGACAGAAAUACUUUUCCACCAUUAAUUGUUCAUUUUUCUUGCUCUGUUCGAGGUUCAAAGCAAGAAUUAAAAAGUUGUCCUCUUACAUUAUUGCCAACAUGCUUGAAUGAUAUAAUAAAAUGUUUGGAUCCUGAUAACCAUGAAAUUAGUUUAGAGGAUCUUAGAAUAACUCUUGACAUGUAUUGUUUAACUGUUCCUAAUGAUGUAGAGAAUCCAGAAAUUUCUAGACGGAGAGUUUAUUCUACAUCUUUUAGUAGUAAUUCACCUGUGCCUGAAGCUGAAAGCUAUAAACAUGUUGUAAAAGAUGAUGACAAUGAAAGUAAUUGCUCUGAUAUUCCUACAGAUACAUUGCAAGCUGGUUCUUUGUUUAAUUUACCAUCUUUUCAACGUGAAGCUGUCUAUAGAUGUAUUGAUAAGAUUAAAUGGUUGCUUCAAGAUGAGAAAGUAUCUAUUGCUCUCAAUUGCUUUCCAAUCACUUCUGAAUCUUUGGAUAUGGUUAUAGACCAUGUGAAAUCAUCAAAGGAGAAACCUUGUUGUAUCAUUAAAGAAAUACCACUAAUGUUUGUGUAUGGAUCCGAAAAUAGCUUGGAUAAAUUCACUCAAGCAUUUAAAAGGAUGUCUCCAGCAGGGUACCGUCUUGAAGAAGUGACUGGGCGUUAUUAUUUAGUCAUUGAUGGAGAAGCUGAACAAAAAUCAAAUUCUGAAGCACCUCUUGGUAUAGCUCAGUUUAAUAUCCUUAAAGGUAUUCCACACUCUGACGACGGUACUGAAUUGAAACGAAUUGCAGAAGAAAUGAAAGAUACUCCCAUAUUUCCAGACAAAGAUUUCCAAAGAAAUGAGGAUCAUCUGGGCAGUGAAAUUGAAAAUGAAGUUUUUAGUCUUGUUCGUGAUAAGAGAGUUCAGCAUUUAAGAGAGGAUGAGGAUUCUGAAACAGAAGAUGGCACUGAUGAUGCUAAGCCCAAAGCAAGAUUUCGAAAAACUUCAAUUAAGAGGCUUGGAACCUGUGAGCAUACUUGUCAACGAAAAUGCAAUUCCUCUCUUUGGGAAACAGAAAGAAAAAAAGGCAUAUCUAAGAAAGCAUCAAAAUGUAUUGCUUGUAAAAGAGGUCUUAGUCUUGAUACUAAUGUUAAUAUAGAUCAACCAGCUAAUGAAGUUGUUCACAAUAGCGAGGAUACUCCACCUAUGGAAGAAUCUACUCCUGAGACAUCUUUAGAUGCAAAAUGUGUUGAAGAAGAAACAAAUCCUGCUCUAAACAACAGACUUAAGACAUCUGAUUCAGAUGAUCCUACUGCUGACAAAGAUGCCGAGUAUGGAAAAUUCCUGUCAAGUAAUACAGAAGAUGGUUAUGAUGGAGAUAGUAGUGACAGUGGAAGUGAUGAUUUAAUUAACUCAAUUGAUACUAGAAGACCAGUGCUACCAAAAUUUUGGCUAAUUAUGCAGAUAUGUGAAAAUGAAGUGAUUGUGCAUUUUCAUAUGAGAAAUCGAUCAGAAGAUGAUCCAGAGCUUAUACAGUGUAAAUCUGUAUUGAAUGAAGUUGUUACCAUUAUUGCCAAGAUAUGCAAAGAAGUUAAUCAGGUUCUCUUGCUUAAAUCACUGUGGGACAUAAGAAUGUGUGACCGUCUUCUUGUCCCAGAAGAAAAUGAAGAUUUAUGGAAAGGAAGUGAUCCAAAUCGUAUAUUAUCUAGUGAAGAUCCUGACUAUAUUUUAGAAGUCCAAGAAAAGUAUCUAGCUGCAACUCUUAAAUUCGAUCCAGGUGCUUUUGGAUGUCCAAUUGUUUGGGUGACACAUUUUAGACUUCAUCAUCGCUUAGCAGUAGCUGCCACUGGCACCCAUAGGUCCUGUGGUAUGCAAGCACUUCGUUCUGUUCUAAAUACUUUUUCAGUCAAUAAUAGAGAAAAUAUGUUUGUAUACCAAGAGAGCUCUGGGAAAGUUUUCUACAUUAGAUUAUUUGAAGAGUACUGUGAUUUUGAUCAUCAAAGGAAUGGAGAUGAUAUUUCUCUUGUUGAUCGUUACAGUUCAAUGCAGAGCUUACCCACGAGAGGUACUAUGUCAGAAAUUGAUUUAGAAAAUGACUUUCGUCCUCGUGUAAAUUCUGGUGCCUCUGACAGUUACCGUCAAGAUUCUAUUUCUAACACAUCUGCUUCAAGGAGGCAUCAGAAAUGUGUUGCCAUGUAUGUACAUGGAAUCGGGGAAGUAGGCAAUGAAAUCAGGAAAGAUCUGGUGCAGGUACUUCAGAAUCGAUUGAAUGAAGGUGUAUUGGAUCAAAUUAAUAUGAUGUUUUGUCGUAAUCCCUCAUGCAUGCUUACUCCUGAAGAUGUUCAGUUUAUUCAAAACCCAAGUAGUCCUCCUGCACAUGAAUUGUUUUUCACAUUGCCAGUGAAGCUUCUGGAAUAUGCUCAUGCAAUCCAUGUGUAUUUGCGCCAGAAUUUGUUACAUUUCCUCUACACUCCAAAGUAUACUGAUAAUAGAAAGGAGACUCAUUUCAAAGUUUAUUGGGAUAAUCCCCAGGAAUGGGCUCAAACUGAUGAUAAUGAUAUAUUUAUAUAUCACCCUCAGCAAGCUUUAAGUCGCCCUGGCGGGAAAGGAAUAACUUGUGUCAUUCUAUCCUUGGUUACUGGCCAAAGGAAACCAUUCCAUACUUUAGAAACACAGUCACCUAACCCUUCUGCAUAUCUGGAUGGCUUGACUGAAAAUGAUCAUUCUGAUCUCACUGCAAUUUCAUACUAUGAUACAAAAAGUGAACGCUCUCCAGGUCCAGUAGCUUUGGUGAGAUAUCAGCUGUGGUAUGUGGGAAAAGACAACAUUGAAUAUCUGAAAGUACAACUGAAAAGUGCUAUUGAACAGGCAUUGUGGGAUCUUUUGUUGGAAUAUCGUGCUCUCACAUCACCAACUUCAGAAGCUGCAUUCUUGGAUGAUUCAAUUUGCUAUAGUGAACCUACAACACCUAUUCGAAUGCGUCGAAGUGGCCUUGUAAGCAUUGAUUCUGGUUUACAAGUAAAAGAUAUACAUUCAUCAAUUAAACUUCAUUCUUCCAAAGAGAUGUCAUCUUCUGUUCCAGAUAUCGCAACAAAAAUGCACUCGUCUUCUCCACUGUUAAAAGAGGCAUCUGCUUUUAAUUUUGGGAAUAAAGGCCCUUUGUCUGCUAAACCAGAAUUCAAUACUCAAGUUCCCAAUCUAAGUUCCCAGUUAUCAGUGCCUACAUCUUCUAAAUGUGACAAAAGGAAUUUAAAUCCUAUGUUCCACUCCUCUUUGAAAUCUUUCUUGGAAUUUGGAGAUAGAUUAGGUUGUUCAAAUCUUGCUAGAAGUAUCCAGAAUUUACCUUCAAGACAUUGCAUCAAUUAUGUGUUGAAGGAAAUUACUAAAAUAGUGAAACAUUUCUUGAGGGAUUUAGCACCAAGAGUAUACAUAAAAACCACUGACUCCCUUUUGGGAAAUAUAGAAUUUGUUCCAUAUGAUCCAACUGAUCCAAAUUCUAGUGGUAAUGAAGCAAGUAUACCGGGAGCUGUUAAUGAUUUUAUUAUGAUUGGAAGAAAUGAAAGACAAUGGAGAUCAUAUAUGGGUCUUGAUGAUUUUGCAAAAUUCCAUGAGAUUUGUUUAGAAGGUGUGAAGUCAUAUCAGAAACAUUUGACUCAUAUAUGUGAUCAUCGAAAUACUGAAAACUUUCCAGAAUCAAUACCAAGUUCUCCUACUUUUGUAAACAAAUCUGCUUCUUCUGUCACCUCCAGUAGUCCUAAUUUGAAGGGGUCAAGUAUUCGUUCUUCAGAAGUUCAAAAUUCUCUCGUGCCAAUUUUUGUUCCACGUCAAAGAUUACUUUUAAUUUAUGUUGAGGAUAAGAAGAUGACUAUUUAUCUCUACAAUUGGGCCCAAGAUGUGACUAUAAAUAUUAUUGAAAGCAUAACAAGAUUAAAUAAGUGGCAUCAUCAUCGAAAUUCCUUGUUGAACAACAUUAUUUUGCAGAAACUAGGUCUGUUUCAAGGUGUUGAAAUGUUGCGUCGUUCUGAUGUAGAAAAAAGUAGCAAGGAUUCUAAGAGCAGUGUUUUGAAAGGAACAGUUGAUGAACCUGUCCAGUCUACUUUAGCUUAUGUUGAACAACUUGUUCGUUCUCAUGCCUUUGUUUCAAAAGAUAGCCAAAGCAGUACCACCUCAAGCAAAUCCUUGGCUGCAUCUUUUAAAUCUUCUUAUAUUGUUCGAACUUUAAAAAACAUUCGGCCUCGAGUGCCUUUCCACUUGAGUCCAAGUGCCAACAUGAAAGAUCCAGUGAUGGCUCAUGGUUUCCAAUACCUCGAAGCUAUUGUUCCACAUAGAAGAGAUUUGCAACUUCUGUUUAACUUAUGGCAAACAAGAGGGGCAAAUGUUAAUUACCAAGCAUUUGAUCGAGUAUUUCAGGAUCUGAAACGGCAGGCUCGUCUUAGUCAUUAUUGCUUAACACCACUCCUUUUCAGCCCAUCCUGGCGGCAUAAAGUUGCUCCAAUUCGUGAUCAUGCCCUAGAACCUCUGGAUCUACUAAUAAGUUCAAUGGAGCGAGCUCCUGAAAUUGCAGUUAGCAGUAGGUCCCGACAUAGUUCUGGCAGCAGUUUGAAAACCAGCGAGUUUUCAAGCAGUGGAAGUAGUAUGACUCGGAUGAGGCGCAUGAGUGGAGCUGCUGGUUAUCCAGGUUCCAAUCAAGGAUCUCCUAAAAUGAGGAGCAAAAUCUCAUCAGAAGAAUGGCAUGGUACUGUGUGUCAUCACUAUCUUCAAGAAUAUAUUCAAUACUUGCAUACAGUUGGCUUUGUUUCACUUCAAACAUCUGAAGCUGCAGAGAAAAAAUUCAGUAUUGCAAGUGAUGAUGAUAGACUAUCUCGGUCUGAUUCCUUUUCUCGGCAUCGUAAUAGUACUCGUGGUUCACCAAAUUAUCUAAUCAAGAGUGUAUUGGGUGGACUUCUUGUAUUUGAAUUGGGUUUGAAUUAUCCUUAUGCUUAUGGCCACCUGUACACUUUGGAGCGAAGGAGAUUUAAUUCAUGCAGUCCUCGAUCCCUUUUAGAUAAUCAAUUUGGGUCUUCAUUUUUGGAUGACAUUGACAAAGUUAUAAUGGAUAUAAAUCUUCAUUCUUUUACAUACGAUUAUCACCUACGUACCAUUCAUUCAUAUAUUUCUGGAAGGCAGCUGAUUUUUCGUCAUGGUUAUCAUUUAACAAGUUUCCUUGAUGAUUUCAUAAAAUACUAUCAGAAAGUGCCCACUGGUGCUCGUAAUACAAUUUUUACAGGUACACUGGCAGUACAAGAUGUGAAUAUGUCUGGCGACCAGUUAUAUAAUUAUAUAAUAAGUCACAAUAAAUUGUAUGGAAUGACAGUAUUGAGGAUGGUUCCAGUUGUUUUUGAUAGCAAUUCAAGUAUAGACACAGAAUUUGCUCUUGUUGAGCUCAGCCAACAGAUGGCUAAAUAUAAAGACAAUAAUGAUGACACUUGUAAGAUUGGUAGUUUUGAUGUCGGUAUCCUCAUCAACCAGAACACUGCAGACUCUUCUGCCGAACCAAACUCUUUAGUUUUAAAUUUUUAUAUCAUUCUGACCAGUCAGAGAGAUCUCUAUCCAAAGCAGCUUUCUACUUGUGGUACACUUGGCUCCUUUCAAACUGUGAGGUUUGGCUCUUCAUUGUCGAGUGGAUUUUCUUCUCGAAAAACGAGCACAGUUUCAUCAAUUUUGGAGAGAGAAAAAUUUGAAUCAAGUGGUGAAGAAUCUGUUCAUUCCACCGAUUCAGGAACUCGAACUAAGAAAGUCAGUAUUGUCCGUGGCAUGUGCGACGAAGACGUUAUGUAUUUGGGUUACUACAGCAGCCAAGAAACCAUGAUGCAACAAAUUAUGCAACAGCAAGCAGAAACAGCACGUACACAUUUGAAGGAGAUAGUGGAGCGAGCUGCAUUUGAUUGUCGACGAGACUUUCUCUGGAGUUCUCUUCUACCACGAUCGCUGAGGGAUGAAAACAGCAGCAAAGAUCAUGGUCUCUCAUUGUAUGCUGAAUUCACUGAGCUUCUAGAAUAUGUAACGGUGCAGCCUUUAAGCACAGUUGAUUCAAGGCUGAAUCCUUUUAUGGUUAUGCACAUCUCGUGGUAUACUACCUUAGCAUCAGUUCUGAAAACAAAGUACGCUGAUUCACAUCGUGAAUUUGUUUCUCCAGACAACAACUCUUUAUAUGUGGCUGUGACCAGCAAUUCUUGUCCAGAUGUUUUUAUAUUAUUGACAGUCGAUACGCGGGCAAAUCGAUCUAACCUGUGUUUAGUCUUCCGAGAAGCAUCGGCUGCUGCUGCUGCUGUUGCUGCAUCCAAUGAAGAUAAAUCAGACAAACGUGCUAAACCUGUCCAAUCUCUGAUAGAGGAUUUUGUGAAUGCUUGUUGUUUUCACCUCUGGACAUGCAUUUUGACACCAUAAUCUAUGCAAUUUUAAAUAUGUGAUAAAAUUUUGAAUACUUUUCAAAAACUGUAAUUUAUUGUAAAUUGUGGAAAUUUUAAUCUAAUAAUCAAUGUUUUAAACAGUCUGUUACUUUCUUUCUUUUUUUUUCUCUCUCUCUUUUUUCAAAAAGCAAGUCUGUAUUUGUAAAUGUAUCAAUUAUAUCCAAAGUAAUAUUCAGAAAGAAUUCAGUUUAAUUUUAUCUUUAAGUGCCAUUUAAAAGUUUCACUGUCGCUGAAUUCACUUGGAAAGAGGUUUGAAUAACCUCUCAAACUGCAUUUGAAAUUUCUUAUCAUUUUAUAAGGGAAAAAAACACCUGUAGGAAAAUGUGAAAAGUACUUUGAGAGAAAAUGUUCUAUUUCUAUAAAAUAAAAGAAAACUUUUGUUGACAAUGACUAAAGUGCAAAUGCAGCAAAAUUAUGUAAUAAAAUGCUUUUUUGUUGUUGUUGUUGUUGUUCUCAUUGCUUAGAUGAAAUUUGCUGUUUUUGGUGUAUAUUUUGGCCGCAGAUAGGCUGAAGGAAAAGUGAUAUUUCACAUCAUUAUGCUCAUGUAUAUUUCAGUAUUUACGCUUAGAGACAGCAUUCUAAGCUAUUUCAAAAUUAGUGUGAAAUUUUUCAUUAGUUUGCUUAUGUUUGUAGUUAUGAUUGGUUUCAGUAUUUCUAUUCAAAUUUGGAUUUUAAUUGAGAUUUGCUAAAAAAAAGCAUAAUCUGUUUUAUUUUAUCUUGGAAUCAUAAUCCAUUUGACACAUUGUUAGUUAUUUAUGCAAUUAUUACCAAGGUUUAAAUUGUUUAGUUUUUAUGAAGUAGAGUUUUUAGGAAUCAAAAAUGGAUAUUGAAUAUUUUCAUUUUUAAUGAAAAUGUUUUAAUUAAUAAUUGCAUUUCGUACUUUAUUAGUUUUAUUUAAACUUGGGAAAAUUUGAACAAAUUAAACGAUUGAUAUAUUAGUGAGAUUAAAACGAAAAUUUUCCCCCUUUGACUAAACAUUUCUUAGAAUUUAUAUCUUUUUUGCGUGCCAAUUCUGUAUUACAUUUUUAGAAAACGUUUGAAUUGUUAUUUUGAUACAACGUAUAUUAUUAGUCCUUGCUGCUUUACCUGUGAUCACAUUUUUGAAGUCGAGAAGCAAUAAUUGAUUUCAGAUCAUUAUCCUUUGUUUACAUUGUACAAAUUAACCUAACUUAUUUUGUGAUAUUAUAUAUUUGUGUGUGCUGUCUCUUUCAUUUAUGUUUUAUACAAAUAAUUGAUUGAUAUAUGCUUUAAAAAAUACCUAGAGUAAAUAAAAUAAAUUUAUAAA